AUGGCCUUCACAUCGACUAUGACGUGCGCAGGUGACACCAAGACUAUGCAAGCUGUAAACAGCAAAGGCACAGGCAAGAGCGCAGGCACGAAGCGAGCCAUAGACGGAAGCGGUUCAGAGUCUCCGAGCAAAUAUCAGAAGACAAAGGCGACCACCGUUGAAGAUGCAGUCAUGCCAGAAGAGGUCAAAGAGCCUGUGGAAACACGGGCAGGAGAUCCAGACCAGGUUUUCAGAUUUAUGGAUCUACCAGGGGAACUUCGAAAUCGCGUAUAUGGGAUGGCAGUAGAGUGGAGCUAUCGGUGCUUCCCAAUGACAUACCAAAAGCCAAAGAAAUCUAGACACCGGAAGCAAAAUUCAGAUGACGAGGACCGCCGAACAGCCGUCAAGCCGCUUCCUUAUAUAGGGUUGACUCAGGUUUGUUCGCUCAUUCGAACCGAAUUUCGACCUCUGUGGCUAUCAACACAUCGCUUCCCGCUUUUCGUAUUGGAGAGCUACUUCAAGGCCUUCUUCCCAGUACUCCGCCGGUCCUCGCAGAUGGAUGGAAAGAGCCGGAAACGUAUCGAAAGCUACCAUGACCCUGCUGGUACCCUCCGUCUUUGGGUCAACCAAGAUUACAUAAGAGAUAUCGAUGUUUUCCCCCUCCUGAGGUUUCAUCUCCGAUUUCCUGCCUAUACCAUGGAUAUCAUGUGCGCUCAGCUUGAGACCAAAGCCCCUCUCACGAAGUUCUUUACAGCCCUGAUCAACAACGCCAGUUUAACAUGGGUUAAAUACAUCAAGCAGCAGAGCAUUACACAGGUUGUGUUGAAUGCCGACUUCUAUGCAGGUCAACCUCUGAGAGCGGCACUGCAUGUGGUGAUCAAGCAGAGGCAGAUGUCGGAUUGGGUUGAGCCAGGCGGGCAUUUCAUGGCUCCCCUUUGCACGGAUCUUAGGAGAAGUCUUGGUAUUGAAGAUCUGAACUGCCACGUCGACUUUGGUAUAGAUUAUUGGUAAUUGGCAAGGCAGGUACCAUAGGCUAUGACAAACUCGUCGAGGUGUCGAGAAUAUUGCGCAGGUCUAGAUGGGCAUCACUGGCCACAGACCUUUGAGUCCUCUACAGCAU